AUUUUUUCAGUUUUUGACGUGAACGAACGCUAAUCACUGUGACAAACCGGUUUUUGUUCUUAUAGUGUUUGGUGAGACAAUUAGUGUUGAUGGUGCCAAAAAUAUGUCCACUAUUGUGUGAUAUCUGGUCGAGUGAUCCAGUUUUUUUAAGUGGAAAAUGCAAGAUAUAGACACUGCAUCGCCGAAAAGUUCAACCAACGAUAUGUCACCUUAUUUGGGAUCUAAAUAUCACAACCCGAUUUCAUCCAGAUCACCAAGUCCAUCUAUAAUGGAACAAUCCAUGAUAGAAGGCACUAAAUAUGCUUCCGACGAUGAAAUCAGCGUCGGUUGCCCUAGUCCGGCGCCAAGCUACAAAAGAUCCCGCGAGCACAGUCCAGAUUAUCGCCACCAUCCACAAAACAACUGUAGAUGUCCAGACUCUGAUAGUGAGGACUAUUUCGAGCCUUUGAAAAAACUCAAAAUGGCCAAAACCGAUAAACGCAUUUCUCCAACAGUCGAAAUCGAGGAAAAGCCGGACGGUCUCAAAAGCUUUUCAAUUAUGGACAUUUUAAAUCACAAACCCUCGAAGCCUCAGUGCACGCGAAUAGUACGUCCAUGGACAAUCGAUCCGGCCGAAGUUGAGGCUCACCAUCAGAGAAUCGAGUCUAUCCACAGGCAAAUUAAAAUGCAACAACAAUUGGCUUUGGUGGCUUUUAACGCCGCGAGUUAUACGUCAGAGACUGGUAGUGACCGUUCGUCAAGUGUUGCCAGCGAUUGUUGUUCACCGGACAUUAUUUCUUCAUCGGUUCAGAGACAGAGACAGCAGCAACAACAUGGAAAACAACCUGGAGGACCUGGAGCUACUCCUCUAGAUGCUCUGUUCCAGAUGACGUCGAAGACUUUCGACUCGUCUACGGGCGAAUCUAGUGCAGAUGGUCAAAGUCAUCUCAACCUCUUCAACUCUCGUCAACAAGCAAAGAAGAAACGAAAGUCCAGGACGGCGUUCACUAACCAUCAAAUUUUCGAGCUAGAGAAACGGUUCCUCUACCAAAAAUACCUCAGUCCGGCGGACAGAGACGAAAUAGCCCAAAGUUUAGGCCUCACCAACGCCCAAGUGAUUACGUGGUUCCAAAACCGAAGGGCUAAACUGAAAAGGGACAUGGAAGAAUUGAAAAAGGACGUUGAAACAUCUAAAAUUAUGACUGUGCAUAACAGUUUUUUAAAGGAUGUUCAAGACCUGAAUAUGUUAAAGAAAAAGGCGAUUAUUAGUGAGGACGAUUGUCCGAAGAAUUUGGUUAUCGGUGAUAAAUGAGGAGUCCAAAUAGAUAAACGAAAUUGAAGGAAAAAUUUACUGAUGAAGAAGACAUUGUACCUACGUACUAUAAGAAAAGAAAAUACAUUUUAUUUAUUAUCUGUGAAUGAAGUAAGGGAUACAGCAACUUCACUUUUUUUUGAUGAGAUAUAUUCGAAAUUACAAACAAAAUUCAGUGAACUAAAUUGACAAAUAAUAAUGAAUAAAUGCCUACUAUUCAAGAUAAUGUUUUCUUAAGCGCGAUUCAUACUAUACGUACCGGUAACGUCACGUCACCGUACCGUCAAAUAUUCUCCUCGAGAAAUCUUGACGGUACCGGUACGUAUAGUGACAGAAAAUCUCUUUAUACAAGUAAAAGUAUCAUCUUUAGAUUCACAUUACCGUUCCAUCAUAAAUGUUUGUUAGGUGUGAUUUUGCUGUAUAAUAUGUUCUCCAACUCCAUAGCCUACAGGCAAUUUAAAAAGUUCCUUAAAAUUUAUUAUUUUGUAAAAAAAAAUCAUUUAAUGUAUAAAGCGUGUCAUUGAGAGAUUGUUGCACUCUAUUGAACAGUAUUUAACUUUUGUGUUUUAGCAAAUUUGUAUUACUAUUUUAAAUUACCAAUUACUUAAAUAUCGAAUUACCAGGAUAACAUUGAUAACAGUAAACGUAUGUACUUACAGAUAUUUCUAGAAUAACUUAUUUAAGAAACUGACAAUUUUAAUUAUAAUAACUUAGACUUAUAAAGAGGCUAAAACUUAUUAAAAAUUUUAAUAAAAUGUCUGUAUAAUGAAACAAGUCGUAAAAAAAUUAAAUAUUCAAAUUAAAGGCCACACAAUAUCCUGGUAAUUUGAGAAUUUUUAUUAUUGAUUAGGGGCAGUUUUUCAACUGAUUGUUAUAACGCAACAAGCAGUUAACAAACUGAUUCUAUGAGUGAUUUUCUUUGUCAUAUCAACUACUUAGUAUUGUAUAAUAAUGAAAUAACUUAAAAGUGUGUAAAUAGUGUGAAUAGGCCAAUAAUAGCUGUUAACGUGUCGUGAAGUUGUACAAAGAGUUAUUUAAUUUUGUAAUAUUUAUUGUUUCGUCACAUCGACGGGUAAUUUGCAAUAUUGUUGUAAAAGAAAAAGUGUAAAUUAUAAUUAAUAUUAAUGUGUCUCGUUUCACAAAGCUUGAGUACUUAAAGCUACCUUUUUUGUGUCUGUGUAAAU